CGGGAAGCACUCUGUUCACAACUUCUACAGCAGCUGUGGAGUGGGACCUUUGUGGCAUGACGCAGUACCAACGAGCAACAGACGGCCAAAAUGUGAAGGAAAAACAGCCAUACGCCAGUUUAUGAAAGUAGGUGUGCAGUGAAGAAGUCUAGCAAUCUUAAAACGAAUGCGUAAAGUUGUUGCUACGCAGUAGGGGAGCGCAAUAAUCUGUGCGUAAAAGUUAGUCAAAAGAGGACUAAGGUAAAACUUCUGCGGUGGUGGAGACGUUCUCUCGGCUGCGAUGGAUGCGUCAGUGAGCCUUUGGGCUGUCUCUGUGAUGAACAAUCAUUUCGACCUUUACAGUUGAUUUCCAGAGUUUGGCGAUAGCGCUGGAGCGGAGCGCGCAUCGUGGCAGCAGAUGCUGGACAGUGACUAAGCCUUGUGGCUGGAAAGUUCAUGAAUUGAAACUGUCUGGACUACAAACUUUGUCUAAGUUAGAAGUAGGACAAGCGCAACACCGCCCAACUAGUUCAUUCUGUCAUAUGCGUAAAGACGCUUUGUCGUCCAGCAUCUUGUUGUUAUGAUAGACAUCAGCUCCAGCUCUGAACGGUCAGUUCUUCACAAAGUUGCAGCUACCUGAUGCCACUACUCCAGCAGGAGUCAGGGGAACGUUUUGUCGUUUACAUCCUUCUGUCUACCUCUUCUCAACAUGGACGAGAGUGUUGAGUCUGCAGCGUCCGACAGCUGCUCGGACGGGGAGAGCAUCAACCUCAGCGUGCUCAACUGGGAGCAAGUGCAGCGGCUGGACACCAUCCUAACCGGCUCCAUCCCCAUCCAUGGCCGGUGGAGUUUCCCCACUCUGGAGGUGAAGCCACGGGAUAUCGUCAAGGUGGUCCGGAGCCGCAUGGAGGAGAAGCGGAUACAUGUCCGGGAGGUGCGACUGAAUGGCUCCGCGGCCAGCUACGUCCUGCACGAGGACAGUGGUCUGGGAUGGAAAGACCUGGACUUAAUAUUCUGCGCGGAGCUGAAAGGAGAGAUGGAGUUUCAGAUAGUUAAAGAUAUAGUGCUGGACUCUCUUCUAGACUUCUUGCCCGAGGGAGUGAAUAAGGAAAAGAUCACGCCAAUGACCUUAAAGGAGGCCUAUGUGCAAAAGAUGGUGAAAGUGUGCAAUGACUCAGACCGCUGGAGUCUCAUCUCCCUCUCGAACAACCGUGGCAAGAACGUGGAGCUCAAGUUUGUGGACUCUCUUCGACGGCAGUUUGAGUUCAGCGUGGACUCCUUCCAGAUCCGCCUGGACUCACUUCUCCUCUUCUACGAGUGCUCGGAGCACCCCAUGGCUGCCACUUUCCACCCCACCAUCCUCGGGGAGAGCGUCUACGGCGACUUCCCCACUGCCCUCGAUCACCUGCGCAAGCGCCUCAUCUGCACCAGGAGACCCGAGGAGAUUCGAGGCGGGGGUCUGAUGAAGUACUGCCACCUGCUGGUGCGGGGUUUCCGCGCAGCCUCUGACACAGAGAUGAAACUGCUGCAGCGCUACAUGUGCUCACGCUUCUUCAUAGACUUUCCUGAUGUGAGCGAGCAGAGGAGAAAGCUGGAGUCCUAUCUGCAGAACCACUUUGUAGACCUGGAGGACAGGAAGUAUGACUAUCUGGCCACGCUGUACAAGGUGGUGCAGGAAAGCACAGUGUGCCUGAUGAGCCAUGAGAGGCGUCAGACACUCAGCCUCAUCUCUUCGCUGGCGUUGCGGGUCCUGGCCGAGCAGAACGCAAUCCCCAACGCCGCCAACGUCACCUGCUUCUAUCAGCCGGCUCCUUAUGUCUCAGAUGGCAACUUCAGCAACUAUUACGUAGCGCAGGUUCAGCCCAUCUACCCCUGUCAUCCCUCACCUCCCCAGCAGUACAUUCCUCCUCAUCACCAUCCCAUGUACGCCACCUGGUUGCCCUGUAACUAAACUUUGUGUACGUUCAUGCACUUUUGUGUAUCCGGCGGAAACUUCUUGAAAGGGGAUGAAUGAUGAUUUUUUUGUAUCUCCUCCUUGAGAAGGGAAUUGAGGGAAAUGAGAGAAGGAAGAACAUGAGACAAAAUUAGAUAAAAGGAGAGAAUAAAAGAAGGAAGGGAAAUGGAACCUGGAUCAAGGCAGUGGGCCAGAGAAAGGCUUUUCCCUGGGGUAGGCUGCCACAGCAGGAGCAGCUGAGCACACAGGGAGAGAUGCCAAUGAGAGAGGCUGACCCAUCAGUUUUAGGGUUCUCUCAUCAGCACUAAGAUUGAUUUGGCAGACCCUCAGAGUGACCAACAGCCUGGAUACAAGGAUUUUGUUCUUGUCCGUUUGCGAGAUACUUUUGAAAUGAUGAACAUGUAUAAUAUCCACAUCCUCUUCACAUUAAAAAACAAACUCACAUGCAGCCACAGAGAGUAACGGAGGACACACAUGUCGUGCUGAUAUGCAUUCGUGGUCAAACAAUGGAGACCUUGUGACUAUGUCCAUGUGCACGGUGUUUGUAUGGGACUCAUUUUCACAGGCAAUGCAAAAUGAGGAACUGGAUACUGUUUACAAAUCCAAAGAUCUAGUUUGAUACUGAACUUUAUCUGAAUUCUUAGACAAAACAACAAAACAAUGCAUGCUUUAUUUCUGUACAGGAAUAAUUGUCUUUAAGUGCCUAGAUAAAGCCUAAAGGGAACAGAUACUUUUGUGACUCUUUAUGUUAGAAAACUGUUGAGUCAUAAUUUAUUUUCAAGGUGAUAAUGAAUGUACUGCGGAACAGAGAGUUUACCUAUGCUGUGUAAGGUCUCUUACACUGAGGGAGGUUUUGGUCCAAUUGAUUUUCUUUACGACAAUGUUUAGUUAAAGACUCUGCUCUUAUCUGCAGUCCUGCUCGACAAACGCACUCCCUGAUUACCAAAGAGGAAGUAGCAACAUAAUCUCAUCAUCUGUAGAGGGAGGGGGGAGGUGGAGGUUGGAUAAAAAAUGCUUAUGAGAGGAAAAUAGAUGGUGAUUUUGAGAGAAAUGCACAGAGAAAGAAAGUGGUUUGGCAGCAUUUUGCAUUUUUAUUGGAUUGCAAAAAUAAGGUGGUCCAAUGCACUGCUUAAUAACCAAAAACAACUUAUCACAGACAGGAGAUAAUGUUACCAUCUCUGGGGGUUGCAAUGCGACAUAGAAAAGUGUAUUUGGAUAUGUAAACGUUUUGCCCAUAAUGCAUUUCAAAAUGCAAUUUCAUCACAUGUAGUCCCAUAUCAAAAUGCAUUUAAAAUUUGAGAUAUUAGACUCAAGCUUACUUAAAGUUGCCCUGUGGAGUCUUAAUGUAGAAAAGAAGAAGUUAUGUUUACAUUUAGUCUCACCAAAACGCAUUGUGUGUAGGGUUAGUGUGAUGGGUUUGCUUUAUUUCUCCUAAAACAUUUGCAGGGUCCCUUUAAAUUAUAGAGCGUGGUCUAGACCUGCUCUAUGUGAAGAGUGUGCUGAGAGAACGUCUGUUGACACUAUAAGUAAAAUUUAAGGGAACCUUUAAGUUUCAAAUUCGUAUUAAACAUUCAAAAAAGGGCCAAUGUGUUUGAAAUGCAUUCUGAAACAGGGACAACCAGUUUUCUCAAAUUACACUGGAAAGUUUUAAUACAAUUAUAUAUAAUGAUAUUAUUUUUAUAUUUUCUUCUUCUUAUCAAAUAUACAAAAUGGUAUUAUUUUUUUUUUUACAUCAUUUGUACAUAGUUUGAAAUAAUUUUCAAACUGUGUAUGCACUGUAAGAGAGAAAGAAAGGAGAUGUCUGAAAACAUCUGCCCGACUCCAAAAACUGUAUGUUUGUCAGCGGGGUGGAGGAUGGAUUGUGUGUGCAGGGAUUUAGCAGCAGAGCAAGUCUUGAAUGAAGAGGAGUAAAAGCAUACUACUGGUAGAGUCAGAGGACCAGCAAAAGAGAAUAUCUUCAGAACAUGUGCUGCAUGUAGCCUGAAAAGCUUCAAAGAUGAUGUAAGCUCAGUGAAUAUUGGCCAAUGUAUAUUUCAUAUUCUCAUCUUCUUUAUGGAAAAGAGUCUAUGAAAAAGUUUGGGAUGUGUAGAAAUUUGGGCUGUAUACACAGGUAACUGCGAGCUGUCAAAAUGUUAUCUCUCCUUAGCGUGGAAACGCACCAAACCAAACCAACCAAAGACCAUCACAUGGAUAUUUGAAGGGCAAUAAGACAAGUAGGCUUUUGUGAUUAUUGUAAAAAUAACAGGUUCACAUUUCUAGCUUUACAAGUACAAGAGACACAGCGUAUUCCCUCAGAUCUAUUUUUCUAUCGAUCUCUAUUUUUGUACAGUUUGGCUGAUGUAGCAGGGGGAUUCAAAGCUGUGUUUUUAUUUUGUGGUGUGUGCGAAUUUGUGUUUUGGCUGAAAAAGAGCAGCGCAGGUGGACAUGGUGGCUAUGCUGAGAUGCUGAUUUAGCUUGUGUUUCAUUUGGGUUUUUGUUGCUCUAAAGAGAUUGUUUCACUGUUCUGCGUGUUUUUAACUGCUGUCCUGUUUGGACAUGAAAAUAAUGAUAUGUGUCCAAGUUGACCAACUUGAGAAUUAAAAGCAACAA